AUGGAAGAGUUGGUACAUGUUAUUCCCAUCCACUACCCCAUUUCUCUUACUUUUCCUCAUGGUGAUUCAGGCAGAUAUUCCACCAGAUCUUACCAAUGAAGACAAAGCUUUCAUGUUUCAGUAUCUUGAUGCUAACCUGAACAACCAAAUUCUUUAUGCACUAUUACAUGGCAUAUACACUGGAAUUCUUGCUGUUGCAUUGUGGAAUAUAUGUGAGCCAGGAGCAUCUCUACUACAACAUCCAAGCUGAUAUUUGGUGCUGUUGGAUGGUCUGGGGACAGUGCUGGCUUAUUGUCCUGCUUCCAAUCCUUUCCCUGAUUUCUGCAACUGUGUCAAAAAUCAUUAUUAUAUAUCAUGACUACUUCAAUGCAUCUAAGCCAGUACUAUUCAUGAUGCUCUACACAUCCUUUGUCCUGGUAACAACAUUAUGGUGCACACUGCUCAUCAUUUUCCGCAUUUUGACUGUUACUGGGGUUAGACAUGGAGCAGGCAGCAGACUGAGAGUUUAUCACUGUUUUAUUGAAUUGGUAUUGCGAAGGGAGUUGCACCCACACUCCUUGUUGGCAGAGCAGCAGCAGGGCACACACAUCCAACUGAAGAACAUGAUGAAAGUGCAACAGUGUCGACUCUUCAUUUCCAGGCAUCUUUGCAACCUUCACAUCUUUCCGUGACAAGCAUUCAGCACUCCACCAUGCAGAGUGCAGUCCUUGAAGUGGACCUUGAAGCUCAACAGGAGUGGUCAGAUGAGCUUGUGGUAGUUGUUGAAAGGACGGAAUAGAGCUCGUGUCGAAUGUCUGAAAGUCGAGGUGAGACCGAAGACUAAAUUUAGACUGAUUUUGUGCUUGCUAUCGUUUUUGAUUAUCAUACUCUCUACUUAUUUUUUGAUCAACCAUACUUAGAGUAUCUAAACUUCUGUAAUCCCUCCUUCCCUUUGGAUCUUUAUGCAUGAGCUUGUAGGACAGUUGAACGCGCUGCCCCUGAGUAAUGUGCGAAGAAAGAGGAAUCGGGAUUAGCCGAAC